AUGGCUCAUAUUUAUACACCUGAUUCAUUUAUAAAAAGAUCUAUAUUCAGAAACAACACAUGCAAAACUGGUGAUUCACAUUGGGGUCUUAUUGGUUGUGAUUAUUCACCAUCAAAUGUUACUGUUUCAGAAUGUAUUUUCACAAAUAACAAAGCAGAUCAUACAUUUGGUACAAGUAGUAGUGCUAUUAUAACAGUUAUUAACUGUACCGGAGAUGUUUUGACUGCGGAUUAUAUGUUAAGCGGUUCUGUUUAUACAAAUAAAAUGUCAACUAAUUCUUUUGAUAUUCCACUUUCAUUACUUUCAUUAGGAAAAUGCGAAGCAGAAUUCCCAUUUUCAUUUGAACCUAUUUUAUUGAGAAGUAAAAAGAAGAAGAAACUCGAUUUUGAAGAUCUUCUUUCAUUUAAUUUUUCUCUUGAAUGUUUAUUUAAUUUAACUAGUUCAUAA